UCUCCACCCAGUCACUAGCAACACAGUGCAGGUUUGCAGAGUUGUGUGCUUCUCUUUCUUUUAUCUCUGAAAUCUUCAUUCUGCACUUACAUUACAAAGCAAUGAAGGUAGUGACUCCUACUCCUAGGAUGUGAACUGCAUGGAUUCAUAAAGAAGUCACAUCUGCACUUGGAAGGGAGAUCCCCAGGGCACCUCUGCAUAGGAAAAUAUCAAGAAGGGCUUGAGAUACUCCUAAUAGGAUGAAGACUUAUCUUUCCAUCUAUUACCUCAUACAAUUCUGUGGCCAUUCAUGGAUUUUCACCAACAUGACAGUCAGGCUGCUUUUCUUUGGAAAAGAUUCUUUUGCAGAUACAUUCUAUGCAAUUGGGCUAGUAAUGCAAGUCUGCCAGUUACUGUCUGUCCUGGAGCUACUACACAUUCUAAUGGGUGAAGAGCAACAAUCAUUUCUGCCAACAUUGUCUCAGGUAACAGAAAGACUAGUCAUCUUGUUUCUGGUGAUCACCAGCCAAGAAGAAGUGCAGAGUAAAUGUAUAGUGUGUCUUCUCUUCUUCCUCUGGAAUCUGUGGGAUAUUACCAGAUAUCCCUACCUUUUGUUGUCUGCGGUAGGAAUAGAGUACCCAGCUCUAACAUGGCUCUAUAAUACGUUAUGGAUUCCAGUGCACCCGUUGUCACUGCUGGCAGAAGUGUACACAGUCUAUGAAUCACUUCCUUAUUUCGAAGCCCUUGGCACAUUCUGCUACACGAUGUCACUGCCUUUUGCGGUUUCCAUUCACUUCCCUUCCAUUUUAAAAAUAUAUCUGGUUCUUUUACUAGCCGGUGUACUGUACACAUGCAGUCAUCGCUACUCUAAAAGAGAACUCUAUCUGAGGCAACAGAAGUUGAAGCUAAAAGUGAAAUGACAGAAGUACAAAUUAGGAAUGAAUCCCAAGAUUCUCAAAGGAGAGGUUUUCUUUUUCAUCUAUUUUGAGCUUCAUUUCUGUUAUAGGCAACAAAAUGUGGAAGGAAACAAGGGCCUCAUAUGUUCCAACCGUUACACAGGUCUGGGUGCUACUGUGGGUUCUCUUGUUGUGAUGAUGCUGCCUUCAGCUGCAUUGGGGGGAAAUAAGAAAAGUGUAAUCUAGUGUGAGCCUAGUCUUCACAGCAGGACGUCCGGCACACUGGAGAUAUUCAGUAUAAACACAGUCCAAUCUGGACUCAAGUCUCACACUUCCCAUGCUGCAGCUAAACAUCUGUGUAAUAAAAUAUUCUAAGUAUUUCACUUUCUAAAAAACUGAUUUAUUAUUUCACUACAUCCUGUUCAUAUCUUCCAUGUAGAAAGUGCAGCAGGAUGCAUGACCUUCCAUUCUAUUAAAAAGGUUGCCCCACAAAAAAUACUCUACAGUUUUUAAUAAACCAGCACCUGGAUCUGA